UCAAUAGCCCUGGGAUAUCGUUGGACCUGUGAUGGGCUCCAACGUAGGGGGAUAUGGAAUGGCUCGCUCCGGAAUCUUUAUGGUUUUGAUGGGGUUGUGGAGGUUUAUCUCUGCUUGCCCUGCAUCCUGCACUUGCACCAUCUCAAGGAUUGCUUGUAUCGAUCCUGACCCAGGGAUCGAGGAUUUCCCUAUCCUUACGUUAGAUGACAUGGAAAUGGACAUCAAUAUCACCGAUAUAUACAUUGCAAAUCAAAACAGACUAUUUGACAUCAAUGAUAACAGCUUGAAGUACUACUCGAAUCUCAGAAAUCUAACUGUGACGAAUACAGGACUGACUUCUAUCUCAUCAGAAGCCUUUUUCAACAAUACAAGACUUCAAUAUCUGAAUCUGAGAGACAAUAAGUUGUCAACACUGUCCUGGAGGACAUUCCUAAACUUUAACAUUACAUCUUUUCCUCUCCUGUCUGGUAACCCUCUGGAGUGUGUAUGUGAGAACAUGUGGAUCAAACUGAGGCUGCAAGAGGACAUUGACAGUUCAGAGAGUCAAGAGCUGAAAUGCAUAGACGACAGUGGAGUGAGGAGGGCCAUCUCCAGAUUCUUUCUCCCUGAUUGUGAGGCUCCCGCAGUGGAGGUCAGUCCCUCUAUCUUCACAAAGACGGAGGGAAGUGAUGUCACAGCAGUGUGCAGUGCAACAGGGUCUCCUGCCCCUGAGAUCUCGUGGAAUUUGGACACCCUCUUCACCAGCUAUGAGGUCAAUGUCUUGGAGCUGCAGAGCAAUCUGACGCUGUCAGGUCUCUCGCCUUCGGACAACGGCAGAGUGAUCACUUGCAAUGUUGAGAAUGUAGUCGGCCAAACCGAGGCUUACCUCCUACUCAACAUCCUCUUUUGCCCCACUAUCCUGGAGCUGCUGGAGCCAUUGAGACUCCACCACUGGUGUAUCCCCUUCAGUGUGACCGGGAACCCCAAGCCCAAGCUGCAGUGGUACCACCAGGACCAGGAGCUCCACGAACAGGAGUAUAUCAAGACUGAGAUCCACGAGAGCCUUGGGAGCGUUCACCAUGGCUGCCUGCAGCUUGCCAACCCGACUCAUAUCCACAACGGGCAGUAUACGCUGGUGGCCAGCAACGAGUUCGGGGAGGACCGGAAAGUAAUCGACGCCCACUUCCUGCUCCCGCCAGAUGAGGGCGACUAUCCCUCAGAACAGCCAUAUUACCCUUACACCACUGACUCACCACUACCCCCAAUAGAUGACAGUGUUGCAGUGUACGUAGUGGUGGGAAUCGCUGGCGUGGCAUUAAUUGUAUGUGUUCUGAUGGUGAUCAUUCUGAAAUACGGAAGAAACUCAAAGUUUGGGAUGAAGGGCUCCUCCUCCUCGGUCAUCAGUAACGACGAUGACUCAGCCAGUCCUCUUCAUCACGUCUCCAACGGCAACAACACCCCGUCGUCCUCGGAGUUGAGCCACGAUGCGGUGAUCAUUGGAAUGACAAAGAUCCCUGUCAUCGAGAACCCGCAGUAUUUCCGCCAAUCUGGCAGCAUGCUGAAAUCGGACACGUUUGUCCAGCACAUCAAGAGACACAACAUUGUGCUGAAGCGUGAGCUGGGAGAGGGGGCCUUUGGGAAGGUGUUUCUGGCUGAGUGCUACAACCUGACCCCAGAUCAGGAAAAGAUCCUGGUGGCCGUCAAGACGUUGAAAGAAGGCAGCGAGAGCGGCCGUGCUGACUUCCACCGGGAGGCGGAGCUACUGACCAACCUGCAGCAUGAGCACAUCGUCACCUUCUACGGCGUGUGUGUGGACAGCGACCCGCUCAUCAUGGUGUUCGAGUACAUGAAACACGGCGACCUCAACAAGUUCCUCAGGUCCCAUGGUCCUGACACGGUGCUGAUGGCUGAUGGGCAGCACAGCCUAAUGGUGGAGCUGACCCAGUCCCAGAUGCUGCACAUCGCCCAGCAGAUUGCUGCAGGCAUGGUCUACCUGGCCUCCCAGCACUUUGUCCACAGAGACCUGGCCACACGCAACUGUCUGGUGGGAGAGAACCUGCUGGUCAAGAUUGGGGACUUUGGCAUGUCCAGGGACGUGUACAGCACCGACUACUACAGGGUGGGUGGUCACACCAUGCUGCCCAUCCGCUGGAUGCCUCCAGAGAGCAUCAUGUACCGGCGGUUCACCACGGAGAGCGACGUCUGGAGUCUAGGCGUUGUCCUCUGGGAGAUCUUCACCUAUGGGAAGCAGCCCUGGUACCAGCUCUCCAACAAUGAGGUGAUCGAGUGCAUCACCCAGGGGCGCGUGCUGCAGCGGCCGCGUUCUUGUCCAAAGGAGGUGUACGACCUGAUGCUGAGCUGCUGGCAGAGAGAACCCUACAUGAGACUCAACAUCAAGGAGAUUCACAGCCUGCUCCAGAGUCUGGCCAAGGCCUCGCCUGUCUACCUGGAUAUACUGGGCUGAGUGAGUCUGGUCGGCUCUGUUUGUGUAUGGGUGGGAAUGAGGGUGGAGUUGUGUGCGUGCGUGUGUGUGUGUGUGUGCGCGUGUGUGAGCAUACUGUAUGUGUUUGUGCGGGUGCUGACUGUGCUUCUGCCUCCUCAUCACAUAGACAAAAGCCUUACAUUUGAUUGCGAUUUCUUUUCCUUCUCCAUUUAAAAAACGCAUAGGACCCGUUUCUCAAACCCAGAUUAAAAGAAUCCAGGAGUAGGCCCAACUCUGGUUUAGUUCAUCAAGAGCAAAAAAUAUGAUUUCGUGAACAUAAAUUAACCUUGAAUUACAUACUCCUGGACUGGACUGUGACUGUGACUUUUUAAAUGAAGAUUAAUAAUAGUCAAAGAAUAAUUGAAUAAUGUCCUUGAAACCAAAUGAUCAGUAAUCUUGAUUAAAUUGUAAUUUAGUCAAGGAGUAGGCCUAAUCUGGGUCAGCGAAACAGAUCCUUAAUGUACAUUGUAUUAUUGUACUCUUCUUGUACACUGUGUUUGCUGGUGAUAAACCAAGGGAAAAUGACUGCGUGUCAAAAUCAUCAUGGACAAUGUAUGGACACUUGCCAACAUGGAUACAGCUUUUCCUUUUUCCACCUAACAUGAGGAGGAACAUCUCAUGUGGAGCGACAUAUAAAGUUGAGACGUGCAAAGAAAACUAAACCCAGUGCAAUGAAGUAAGGCUUACCGCUUAUAUAGAUGUCAUGGACUAUUUUUAUGAUGUGAGAACUUUCUAAUUGAUGUCAGGGGCUCUUGACUCUGUUGUUUUCAUGUUACGUCACGUCUUUACAUUUUGAUUUGUGAUUGGACUCUGUUGUCAUCAUGGCCAACCAGAGCCCAGGACUUAUAAUGACUUCAUAACACAUUCAUAACAUAUACAUACCACAUUCAUAAGCAGUAUGUAAGCAUAACAUGAAUGCUUUUUCCCCAUGUAGUUAUGAAAUGCUAAUGUACUGCUUAUGAAUGCAGUAUGUAAGGUUAUGAAUGUUAUGUUAAGUCUCUAUGUAGGUACCCUCAGUCCAGAGAGAACGAGAGCCAUUCAUCCACACAACCAACAUUGUUAAUCCCUUGAGUGUUAAUAUACAUAUGUGCAUAUUAAGAAAACACUUUUCAAUGUUAUAAAAAUAAGGGUUGACCUUUUAAAAGAUGGGCAUCUCUAUGCCAUAUUUAUAAAUCAUUUUUCUGAAUUAUUUUCUUUUUUUAAAUGAAUGUUUUCUGGUUGUGGUUCAUUAUCAGUGUUAUUUUCUAUCUGAUUCUAUUUUGCUAGCUACUGACAUUGUCCAUUUCCAUGUAGAACGUGUUGGUGUUUUGAAUGUGGUUAGAAUGCGCUACACAUGUCACAGUCUUAACUGGAUAACUAAAGCACAGUGAAAAAUAUCCCAGUAUUAAGUUGGAACAUGGAGGAACUUUAAGUUGCCUCAACUCAAAUCACAGCAGUAUGGAAGUUGAGCAUAGCAUAACAUUGUCUUUUUGUUUUGUUGUUUGUGAAGAGCACAUUCACCAGCAAUGUCUUAGCUAGAACAUUCCUUUUAUCCUCCACCGUAUGAUUCUAUUGGCGGCCCGUAACUGUACUACACUGUUUGUUUUGCAUUUUCAAAUGUUGUUGUUGAGGUUGUUGUCGUGAUAAGAUGUUACAGUAUAUUGAAGCUGAUAGGAAAUGAUGGACUUUGCCUUUGAGGAUAUUUGAUUUAUUUCAGCUGUAUUUGUGGGGAAUCGAGUAUUGGCGCUGCUCUUAGUAUGAGCUUAGGGUUUUCUGGUAGAAUGCCCUAUUCAGCUAUUUAUGCUCUUAAAUUACUAAUUUACUUGUUUCCAUUAUGUAUAUCAUAUUAUUCGGAACCAGGAUGUGAUAUUCUGUGAUCUUACAUUGAUUGAUAUAACAGGGUUCCCCAACUGGCGGCCGUGGGUCGAAUUUAGGAAAUCUGUUCCAAAGUAUUCCCACGCAUAAUACAGAAAUAUAUGUGACCGUAUACAAACGUAAGCAAGGUCUGGGCUUCUUGCGGUCAAUUUGUAGUCUACUAAUUAUUAGUAAUUAUGUUCCGGCCCUCUGACCAUCCGCUCAA